ACCUGUACGGUCAUCAAUUAACCAUCAACCAGCUUUAUAUGAACUUCAGACUGUAGAAGUAUUCUUUGCCUGUUGGACCUGAAACCGACUAUCUGGGAAGAUGAGAAGGGCACCGAAAUUCUCCGAGCGAGAUCUUGACGAUGAUUUUGAAAAAUUUCUCAAGGAGUCUUUGUCAGACGACUCCAUGGAUUCUGACAAGCUCAACAAAUACUUUGCCAAGUCCAGGCGGGAGGAAGAGAAAAAGAAGAAGAAGGAGUCGCAGCCGUGGUGGAUGAGUGAACAGGAUGAGGACGAGGAUGCAGUUGUCAUGGGGACAGGGGAGGAGGACAAGACACCAACCGCAAGCAAAUGGUUGAAGCCCAAGAAACAGUCAACUCCUGUCACAGACAAAGAAGAACCAUCAGAGAGAAAGCAGAAAGAUUCUACAAAGGGGUAUGAUGGAGCAGACAGUUUCAAGAAGAAAUCUCAUUUCAGUAAAGACAGUUUAGAAGAUUUGUCCACUGUCGGUAAAAGAGAUGACAAGUCAAGUCUGCCAAGGGAACGAAGUGGAGUCCUUCCAUCCCAAGCCAGCUUUGAAGACACUCUGAGUUACACUGAAACUGGUACCUCGGAGGGCAUAACUCCAGCCUCUACCGGCCCCGGUAUGGAGACCCUGGAGGAGCAAGCAGACAAGGAGCGCUUCUUCAAGGAGUUGGAGGCGAAGCGGGGAGGGAUGGUAGACUACCACAGGCUGAUCAAGGAACCAGACAUGUCUAACACGAUGGGCAGCCUGCGCUCGGCCAACUUGUCCAAUACCAUGGGAAGCAUGCCGUCGGCGUACAUGGGUACUGCAGAUGAGCAUAGCAGCCCCAUACCUUUCAAACAACUCCCCGGGAAGGGGGAUUCGCCACACGAUGACAAACACACAGACGAACACACCGACGAACAACCAUCUUCAGCAGAGACUUCCCCAUCCCAACCGACCGUCCACCCCCAUGGUAAAAUGGCAUCGCCCAAGAAAGGCAUGCUGGCUAAAGUGGCUCUGUUGGACACGGGUGAUUCCAUGUUGAAUACAACCGGGCAAGUAGGGGAGGCCACCGCGAAGUUGGGAGGGGGUGACGGUCUGACGACUGGAGACAUGUGGACUGCUAGCGCGAAGAAUCAAAUGUUGGAUACUUCAUCAGGGUUGCUUGGAGCGGGGACUGCAACCGAAAUGGAAGCCUUACAAGCGGCUUUGAGAGAAGCGGCUAACACUCCUACUAUGGACUUCAGCCACACAGCCGUAGGCACUGAUGAGGCUUUGGAUAACGGAGGUCGGUCACGAACCGUCGACGAUAUAAUUCGUGAGGUGAACGCAGAAAGGGGAAGGAUGUUUGACAGCGUCGAUGGCAUCCCAAGCAGACUCAUGGACCAAAACGAAACACCUGAAUCGACCAAUCAGAGGCAGCGGGAUGCUUCUGAUGAACCUGAUGAUCCUGGCAGCAGGCGUUCAGAGUUGCAGCCGGCCAAUGAGAGCAGAGGAUUUGAUCUGCAGCCGGCCAAUGAGAGCAGAGGCUUUGAUCUGCAGCCGGCCAAUGGGAAUAGAGGAUUUGAUUUGCAACCAGCCAAUGAGAGCAGAGGAUUUGAUUUGCAGCCGGCCAAUGGGAACAGAGGCUUUGAUUUGCAACCAGCCAAUGAAAGUAGAGGAUUUGAUUUGCAACCAGCCAAUGAGAGUAGAGGAUUCGAUUUGCAGCCAGCCAAUGAGAGUAGAGGAUUUGAUUUGCAGCCAGCCAAUGAGAGUAGAGGAUUUGAUUUGCAGCCAGCUAAUGAGAGUAGAGGGUUCGAUUUGCAGCCAGCCAAUGAGAGCAGAGGUUUUCACUUACAGCCAGCAACCGCACCAAGUGGAAUAAGAUUUGAUCCUAGUUCAGUCAGUGCUGAUGAUGAGAAUUCUCAAAAGAGAAGUCUGGCUAAACAAACAAAGAGAGCUAUUCCAAAGAGGGCUGGAACCAAGCCUACAAGUUCCCGGUAUGCGCACAUCAGAGGCUCUGGCUAUGGUAAACCAAAGCCUGGUGAUGCAUGGUCACCAGCUGAAACAGCAAAGCAAAAGAUCAAAGGUUCGGAGGUGCCAUCUCUUCAACCAGGAUCCGGGGAGGUACACGGGAAUAUCAUGGCGUCGGUGGAGUCCUUCGCUCAUUAUAUCCAAGAGCAUUUUGUGGAUGCAGAGAAACCCUCGACACCAAAAGAGAGACCAAUUCAACCCAGAAAGUCUGCGGAUGAGCCGUUACUCUCCGCCAGCUUGCGCGAGUCCCGCCUGGAGCUCAUCUCCCGAGAGAGGGCGCUAGUCAACGAGGUAUCAGAGUGGCAGGCGCGCUGGAAGGAAGAGCACAAGCUCAACGCCAAACUCAAGGCGGAGAUUGCAGCCCAGCAGAGGGAGGUGGCACGGAAGCAGGAAGAGCUGCAGUUGAAUCACAAGAGGGAGUUGUUCAAACUCAAACAGGAUAACACGGUGUUGCAGGCAAAGUUAAACAUUCAAGACGAGCAGCAAAACGGGAAGAAGCGGGCUGUCUCUGGUCGGUCAAUAGAGGGCGCCAGCCAGGAGGAAAUCAAGCUCAUGCAGAAAGAGAUCGUCGAGCAGGAGACGCUACUCCAGGGUUACCAACAGGAAAAUGAGAGACUGUACAAUGAGGUACGGAAGUUGCAGAAAUCCAACUCGGAGGGUGAAGAAAGGCUGCUGAGGGACAACCAGAAACUGCAGAUGGAGGUUGCCAAUCUGAGAGAGGUUUUGGAACAAAAAGACACCGCCCUUCGACACAAGGGCCUGAUCACCGGGACCAAGAUACAACAGGAGAUCGCCGCGGGUAAUAACCCGGCCGUCCUAGGUGCCGGGAGGAUCGCUGAGCUGCAGGUAGAACUACGGGAAGCAGAGAUGCGAGAAGCGUCAUUGAAGCAGCAUCUCCGGCAGAUGGAUGAUGCAAACAGGGAGCUGAAGGAGCAUAUAGAGACCCUAGUCAGAGACAAGAACCACUCCCAGGUCAAGCUGCAAGAUCUCAGAGAUGUCAAACAGCGGGAGUUUCUGGACAUGCAACAACAAUACCAGCAUGAGAUAGAAGGACUCAACAAGAAGGUACGAUGGUACGCCGAGAAUCAAGAAAUGCUGGACAAGGAUGCUAGCGCUCUACGGGAGAAAAACGAGGAAAUUAAACGACUCAGGGAAACCUUGGAGAAAGCCAACAAGCAGACCAACCAGAAGACAAGUGAUGCCCAGAGGAGGGCCAAGGAGAGAGCCGCCGAUGCCAAGAGGAUACAGGAUCUCGAGAGACAGGUGAGAGAAAUGAACGACAUCAUCCGUAGGCGCCACCCAAACUCCCUCCCCGCCUUGAUCUACGCCGCUGCCUCGGCAGCACACCCCGACCCCGCCCAAGAUGGCACCCAGGACCACGCCCGAGCCACGCCCGCCAAAUCCCACACGGUGGCCUUCCUGGAGGAGAAGGUCAGGAAGAUGGAGGCAGAGCUUGACGAGAAAGAGGCAGAGACCAAGAUGUUUGCAAGGGUCCUGGAGCAGAAAUACAACAACAUGAGGUUCCAGUACGAAGACCGACUCCAAGCCCUAGAGAAGCAACUCCAGGAAAGCAAACAGCGCCACCAAGAGGCCAUGGCCAGGACUCGGGCCCAACCUCACGCCCCGCCCCAAAAGAGGGAACUAGGAAGCAUCCCGGAGGAACACCAGAAGAAGAUUGAAGAAAUGAGGGCCGAGAAUGAGGAUCUGAGGAGGCGGCUUGCUAAGACGGUGAGGGUGGCUUGGGUCGACGAGGAGAUGCAGGAGGGAGAACAGAGAGGCAAGGGGAUGGAUGAAAGGAGCCUGCAGACGAAACUGACAAGUCUUGCAAAGGAGUUGAGCAACAGAGACAAUGAAAUUGAGAUGCUGAAGGCAACAUGUGAGAAGUUGAUGCAGGAACGAGUCAAUGCAAUGACGACUGCGGACUCAAGCCAGGCCAAAGAUAAACCUCAGCCAGGCAAGAAGUCAAAGAGAAGCAAGUCUUCGUCGUCCAGCCAGUCCGGUGAGAAGCGAUACCAACCGGAGAACUUCAGCGGGACGCACAUCUCUGACGUCCUGACAGAUAAUGAACAACUCAAGCAACAGCUUGAGCAACUCUCCCUGGAAAUGGAACAGCAGCGAAUCAGCUCACAAGCCUCCCUGGCACAGAGCGAGGGCGCCAUUCGCCGUGCGCACGAAGAGGCUGCCGAGCGGCUGGCCGCGUUGCGAGCCAACCACGCGGCCGAGAUGGAGAAACUCGUGGCAGAGAGGGCGCUAGAGCACUCGGACAGUAGGCACGCUAAGCUGGUCGGCCAACUAGAUACACAACAGGUGAUGAUCAAGCAUCUCCAGGAGCAGUUGCUAGAUGCCAGAGUGGACACGGAUUCCCUGUCUGCAGCCCGUGUCAGGGAGCAACUCCUGAAGACCCAGGUCGAGCAGCUCAACGAGGAUCUACGAGAAGCCAAGAAGUCCCACACUCCUGAGAUGCACCAUUUUGAAGCACUACAAGCCAAGAUAGCAACCAUGGAAGCAAAGCAUGCUCAGAGAGAACAAGAGCUGCAGCAACUGGUGACCAGGGCCAGAUAUUCAGCCUCCUAUGAGAAGGAUCAAGAAAUCGCCGGACACCAACAGGUUCUGGCUGCCAAGAACAGAGAACUGCAACAGUUCCGGCAGGAACUCGAUGCUAUACUAGAGGUUCUGAGGGAACUGCAACGACAGGGCGUAGUUCUGCCAUUACAUAGUCACACAGUACAGUCCCUGUUGAACUGAAAUGCCGGGUAUAAUCCGGUUCUAGCAAAGAACUGAGAACUACAAUAGUUCCUGUAGGAACUCGAUGCUAUAUUAGAGGUUCUGAGGGAACUGCAGUGACAGGGCGUGGUUCUGCUAUUGCAUAGUCACACAGUACAGUCCCUGUCGAACUGAAAUGCUGGGUAUAAUCAGGGUCUAGCCAAGAACCGAGAACUACAAUUCGAUGCUUUACUGGAGGUUCUGAGGCGAUUGCAGGACAGGGUGUGAUUCUGCCAUUACAUAGUCAAACAGCACAGUCCCUGUUGGACUCAAAUGCUGGGUUAAUCAGGUUCUAUCCAAGAACCGAGAACUUCAAUAGUUCCUGUAGGAACUCGAUGUUAUACUAGAGGUUCUGAGGCAAUUGCAGCGACAGGGUGUGAUUCUGCCAUUACAUAGUCAAACAGUACAGACCCUGUUGAACUGAAAUGCUGGGUAUAAUCAGGUUCUAGCCAAGAACUGAGAACUACAAUAGUUCCUGUAGGAACCUAAUGAUAUACUAGAACUGCAGUAUCAAGAGGUGGUUAUCCCAUUGUCAAGCUACCAAGCACAGUCAAUUUUGAAGUGAAAUGCUGGGUAUUAAUAAGUUCCAGCCACUAAGAACCAAAAACUGCAGUAUUUGCAGCAGGAACUGGAUGAUAUACUAGAGGUUGUUAGGCAAGUGCAGUGUCAGUGAGUGAUUAUCCCAUUGUCAAGCUACCAAGAGCAGUCAUAUUUGAACUCAGAUGCUGGGUUUAAGUAAGUUAUAAUGCCCAGAACUGCAGUAGUUCUGGCAGGACCUCGAGGCUACACUCAAGAUUUUUGUUUGAUUUUGCGACCUUUUCGCUUGUUGAAUGGAAACAUGGUUUUUCACUGAUUUUUUUUUCAGUUUCAAACCGGGUACUCAUGUAAAUUGUGCAUUGUAUAUUAUAUAUAUUUGUGCCUUCCAGUGUUAAUAGCUGUUGAUAUUUAUAGAUAUGGUGUUUCAAACACUUUUUGACUAAUAAUUAAGAAUAAAUAUUUCAAAUGAAAGUAUAUUA